AGCAAAACUAGUCACUAAAGUCUUAAAUCUUGCUGAAAAGAGUGACCAGAGGAAAAAAACUUCACCUUAACUCACCAAGCUUCAUCUGAGAUAUUUUCCCAAGGAGUACUGAGACUGUCCCCAUGGUCUCAGAAGGAUACUUGGGACUCUAAGCUAAUGGAACUUGUUUAAUUGAUUAACUAAUUUCAUUGUACAUCACAAAAUCACCUUUGAACAUUAUUUAAUUUAAUUAUUAUACGUUUUUUUUUAACAAAAAAGUGAGUGCUGGACUAAAGUUGUCAAGAAAACUAAACUUUUUUGUAGCUUUUUUUUUUCAUUCACAAUAUCUGUCUCCAGGAAUAGGUGUUCUGAUAAUCCAUAGCCAUGGCACUGCUGGACACAGAGUUUGGGGUGAAGGGCAGCAGCAUCAUCAGAGAAUGGAGUGGACAGGUCCAGCCAGCUCUGGUCGCCUCCUUUGUUUUCCUCUUCUGUCUAGAAGCCUGUCUAUGGGUCAGGAAUCUCAGACUCAAGAGAAGGCUGCCAGGACCCUUUGCCUGGCCGGUGGUGGGCAAUGCCAUGCAGCUGGGGCAGAUGCCUCAUAUCACCUUCUCCAAGCUGGCAAAGAAGUACGGCAACGUGUAUCAAAUACGACUGGGCUGCAACAACAUAGUGGUGCUCAAUGGAGACACAGCAAUACGAGAAGCCUUGGUUCAACACAGUACAGAGUUUGCAGGCAGACCCAACUUUGUGUCUUUUCAGAUGAUUUCAGGAGGCAGGAGCUUGACUUUCACUAACUACAGCAAACAGUGGAAAAUGCACAGGAAAAUUGCACAAUCUACCAUUAGAGCGUUCUCCUCUGCCAACAGCCAGACCAAGAAAGCAUUUGAGCACCACGUUUUGGGAGAAUGUAUGGAUCUUGUGCAGGUAUUUCUGAGAAUGAGUGCAGAUGGACGAUAUUUUAAUCCCUCUCAUGAAUUUACAGUAGCUGCUGCAAAUGUAAUCUGUGCACUGUGCUUUGGAAAACGUUAUGGCCAUGAUGACAUUGAGUUUAGAACCCUUCUGGGCAGAAUGGACAGGUUUGGAGAGACGGUGGGGGCUGGCAGCUUGGUGGAUGUCAUGCCCUGGCUUCAGAAUUUCCCAAAUCCUGUCCGCAGCAUCUACCAGAAUUUCAAACAUAUAAACGAGGAGUUUUUUGCCUUUGUGAAAGAUAAAGUGAUGCAGCACAGAGAAACCUUCACGCCUGACGUGACGCGUGACAUGAGUGAUGCCAUCAUUAACGCGAUUGAGCACAGAAAUGACAGUGGACUGGCCAAAGACUUUGUUGAAGGAACAGUCACAGACCUCAUUGGAGCCGGCCAAGAAACAAUGUCAACCAUUUUCCAAUGGAUUCUCCUGCUUUUGAUUAAAUACCCCAACGUCCAAACCAGGCUGCAGGAGCAGAUUGACAAAGUGGUAGGCCGUGACAGGCUGCCCUGUAUUGAGGACAAAGCCAGCCUGGCUUACCUAGAUGCUGUUAUCUAUGAGACCAUGCGCUAUACCAGCUUUGUACCCCUCACCAUCCCACACUCCACCACCUCAGAUGUCACCAUCGAAGGCUUCCACAUCCCCAAAGACACAGUGGUCUUCAUCAACCAGUGGUCCGUCAACCACAAUCCUUUAAAGUGGAAGGACCCACAUCUCUUCGACCCCUCACGUUUCCUCAAUGAAAAUGGUGCCCUUGACAAGGACCUGACCAACAGCGUCAUGAUCUUCUCCACUGGUAAGAGACGAUGUAUUGGCGACCAGAUCGCCAAGGUGGAAACAUUUUUAUUUACAGCCGUCUUGCUUCACCAGUGUACCUUUGAGAGCAACCCAUCAGAGGCCCUGACCCUUGACUGUUCCUAUGGGCUCACACUGAAGCCUCUCCACUACACCAUCACAACCAAGCUCAGGGGGAAGCUGCUUGGUCUGGUGUCCCCUGCAUAAAAAUCUCAUCCCAUUAUUGUGGGCAACAUUGCCAAUCAAUUACAUUUUACAGUGAGUAUAAGCAAACCUGCACUGAAUGCUGUUGUUGAAGAGUGUAAUAUUUCAUAUUUAAUAUUUAAUUCAUAUCUGAACACAAUUGAAUAUGUUUGCAAUGUUGUUGAUACAGAAUUGAAAGUAUGAUUACAGUAAUGGAAAGUUUGCUAGGUAGAGAUGAAUCUCCUUUGUUGGGGGCCAGGGGUCGGGUCGUGGGGUCAAUGAAGUUGAACAGGCUCUCAAACUAUGUACCUGAUCAUAUUCUGUAAGGAAGUAUACUUUUGUUUUAUAUACAUUUUGAGUGUUGAGCUUACUUCAUAAACAGUAUUCAGCAUGUUAACGUAUGAAAAUAUGUGCAUGAAACUAGAAUAUCACUCAAAAGUCAAUGGAAGGUUAUAUCACAGUGUAAUAUGCUUGUGAGUGUUUGUGAAUGUUGUCGUCACACCCAAGGAACCACAAUUUGUUGCGUUGAGGACUUUUCAGAAUUCCUCGCAUCAAGAUGGUGAUGUAUCAAUGUAGUUAACCUUUUCACAUAAAGCAGUCACAAAAUAUUUGUAUACAUAUAUUUCAGGUAUGAAAAUGAUUUGUAUUAUAAUCCAAUCCACUAUCUACUGUACACCAUGAAUAUGAGCACAUUGAAAUGCUGUCGGAAGAUAACAAAUGCUGACGAACUGCUAAAGGGAAAUCAAGUUAUCUAUAUGCUAUAGCCUACAGUGUGAAGACAAUUCAGAGAUAACAGCAUUGGCGCCUCUGUGUAACUUCAAGCUCAGUGUCCCCAACCAAGUUAGGAGGUGUUUAAAUGGAGAGGUGGCUUUGGAAUUGUGGGAUUGAUAAUGCUGAUGAAUACAUGGGAGAUGACCAACUCCAGACACUGACUGCAUUGAUCUCCUUAGAAAUCAACUGAACAGGCACUCCAGCUACACAACCCAUCCCUUCAUAUCCAAACUAACUGUCACUAAAUACAAUACUACUACACAAACCAAUGGAAUGUUCAUGUCUUUAUGUGCUUAAACACAUAUGCAUGUCUGUUUACACCCCAAGGGUCUGAAAUCUAUAUGGAUGUCAUUUCACCUUUGUCAAAGAGCACGUAUUCAGGAAUUUAUGAAAUAGUGUUCAGAAUCUCUGCCUCUCUCAAACCAAGAAACUCAACUACAGCAUGCGUUGAAUGUCCAGGAAAGGAUUCAUCAUAGAAAAUACUGUGUUGAAUUUUUUUUUUAAAUAAACUAAUUAUAUGCUUGAAAAAUCAGAUAUUUGGAAUGAAUAAAGCAACGUUUUAAACAGUCAGGGGUUGAUAGUGACGGA